AAGGCAGUUUAUAACAGCUACUGAGAGCAGCAGGACUGAAGGUAGAGAGACAGAGAGAGAGGCAGGGCUGAGGCAGAAGGUGACCACUUACCAGGUAUUAGUCCAGCUCCCUGAUGCUCAAUCCAGCAUCCCUUAUUAAUGAAUGGACUGGACCAGCGAGCAGUGUCUGUGUGUCCUGUUUCCAGAAGACUCCGCUCUGCCAGAGAGAGAGACCAGGGACCGGGGAGAGAAGGAAGUAAUAGGCAGGAGAGUGAAAGAGCCCCAACAAGCUUUGUUGAGGUGCCCAGCCAACUGCAGCAAGCAUGAAGGACCAAUCUCCUGACCCGGUUCAUCCAGAGGCUUCGGGGUUCAAGAGCAAGUCUUCAUCCCGGCGGUCCAUCUCCCUGGGCGAUUUCCGUCGUCUGGGAGACCAUGGCAGGGCCGAAGCAAUGGGAAGGUUGGCAGGGGCGCCCACAGCCCCCUCGUCCAGGCUGGUGACCCCCAGCUCCAGUAUGGAGUUUGAGGCGGCGAGACGGAGGCUGCUGGAGGUGGAGGAGAGGCAACGGGUCAUCCUGGAGAUGGAGAGCCGGCUGCAGGAACUCCACGACGUCUUUGUGCAGUCCGAGCAAGAGGUGGCGGAGCACGGCGAGCUGGUUGAGCGCAUUUCCAGCGCUGCCCAACAGGGGGAGCUGUAUGCCGCCGAGAACACCCAAACCCUGAAGAAAACCCUGAAGUUCAAGACGCACCGGUCCACAAUUGUCUUCGCCUCAAUGCUGGGGCUUCGAACCUGCUUGCCUUGGCCAGUCAAACUCAAAUAACCUGGGAUCAGAGAGCUUCAGGACCGCUCUCGUAGUGGCGGGGGAUUCUAGAUCAGAAGGUUAACUAACCAGCCUUCUUUCCACUCCUGGUCUCCACAGGUCAGUUGUGUCUCAUCUACCAGGGACAGAUAUAAUACCUUUCUUCAGCCGCUGCAUUCACUCACUAAGGCUUAAUGGUUAUGUUGUAAAAAUUAAAAAAUUAAAGUUAGCAUCUCCUUUUACAAAGAGGAGGCUCUGGACUCAAGAUCAUCUACAGUGCUGAGUGUUAGGAUAGCAGCACUUUAUCUGUGUCGAAGCAGCGGGUUAAAAUUGGUUGCAAGCAAUUAUUGAAGAAUACUGCUCAGUAAAGUGAUGUACGGUAGGAUGAAAAAUGUUACUAGUUCUCAGGGCUAUGAAGCAGAUGUAUGAUUUGUAUUUAACUGGGAGGUUUAGUUCUAAAGUAAGGGUGUUGAAUCACGGUUCUGGAGAGCAAUCCCACUCCAGGCUUAACAAGUAAAAUGAAAUCAUUAAGUGCUUCAGAGUCUGGAUAUUUUAAUUGGUUCUGUUUAACAAUGUAGAACAGGGUUGGAAGUGCAGGCUUUGCUCAGCCCUGUUCUAAAGCAAAACCUGACUGAGAAGCAGAGUCUCUUUUCCAGUGGCAUUUUUACUUCUGGGAUGGGGCACGGAUUUGCAAUUUGAAGCUUUUGUUAAAAUGCUUGUGUCAUGGUCAGAGUCAGAUGACAGUCCCAGUCCGCAUUCUGAAUCACUAAGCUGCACUUCCUUCUGAAUGUAAUACCGAACCCUCAGAAUGUAUAAGGAUUGCAUCGACCCCUUUACAUGCAAGGGGGGGGGGGUCUGUCCUUGAGUUUCCAUCAACAUGUCCUUACAGUCCAUUUUUUUAUACUCAGGGGGUCCUGAGGGAUAUUUUUGGCUUGCUGUGUCCCACAUUCACGCUCCGGUGUCCUUGUUACUGAACUAACCUCCUCUCCUGAGGUCUAUUUGUCCUCAUUUUCUAGACUAUUUAGUAAAAUAAAAUGGGCAUAGAGUACACGUCCGAAUACAACUACAUCGACUCUGCACAUAAUCUUUUGUGCAAGGUACAACCAAAUUACACGAUCAGGAAUUGUGCUAAAUGCAAGUUGUUAGUGUAUGGAGCUUCAUCCUUACAAUAGCCAAAUGAUGUACUAAGUGUAUAUAACAGAUAAAUGGUGUCUACAGAGUAGCUGCACAACCUUAAUUCUGAAGUGUAUUCAAUCAGGGUAACACUUUAUUCAAAGUUUGAGUAAAAUCAAUGUGAUUAAAAGGAGUGGACAGCGAAACCUGAAAUAACCGAAAGAGGACAAAACAUUAACAGUAUGACUGCAUGCUCGAGGCAGCCACAUUCAUUGGCGAAAUCUAUAAAUUAAAAUUUAAAACCUGAUAAGACCAGAGGAUCUCUUCGUUCAAGUCACUGUCAAGUUGUACUGCGCCUUGAAUAACACGAAAUGAACGCUAAUGUUGCUUAAUCGUAUUUAAUUGGUUGUACAACGACAGCUGCCACCUGGAAGAGAACUCUCAUUGGGGCUCAUUAAGUUUAAUUAUUAAUGUCCUGGUUUGCAAUCGCAAAUAAUAUCUCUGAAACGCUUGCCUUUACUUGUUUAUGAGAUCACCAUGUUCUGACUGUUGGGCUGCAAGUUCCACUGGGUUUUUACUUUGCACUCAGAAUGACGUUGCAUUGUGAUAAAGAACAAAGAGCGUUUGUUUUACGAGAUCAAGCUCUGUAAUCCAGCUAGUUUUAUUAUUCCAGGUUGAGGCAAAACCAAAAGCGUUACCAAAACGAGGGGAUGUGCUGGAGGAAGUAGAAAUAUAUCCAAUUAAAGAAUGAAAGCUCUUUGACCCUCCUGGUCUCCGCUUUGCUGACGUUUUCAUUCCAGAAGCACAGUCUGCGCUCUCAAACUGCAUUGAGCAUGGUUCACUAACCAUUCAACAUUGAGACCGGAAUGAACCCGCUUGCACAGGGAGGGGAGGGAUUUAUUGGAAAAUCAAGAACAGUUUCCACAGUGGGAUUGGGGGAACAGCAAGGAUUGCAUGUGCUUAUAUACAAGAGGGUGGAGGCCAAUAUUCAUUAUUUGAAAGGAAUUUCUCAUAUGAGAAGAAUAGGCACAUACUUGGAUUAUACCACUGUGGCAACCAGACAACUUAUAUUUUAAUAUCUCUAUAUAUUCAAUAAAGAUAUAAACUGGCAAUGCUUUCAGCUGUAUAGUGAACUGCACAAAUUAGUCACAUUGCUAUCUGGCACUCCGAAACAUUAGGCAACUUGUGUUAUUAGUUGCUAUGCUAAUUUCAAUGGCUCCCAGCUGUUAGAAAUGGCAGUUGCCAUUAUCUGAGCUUGUUUAAGAAGCAAACACAAUGACAAACCAUUUACUCCAUGAUGUGGCGUUUGUCUCAUACUGUGUAGUAUAUGAGGCGAUAUAGCUUUAAUAUACAUACAUUGUGAUACAGUAAAAACUGUUUUUAUGGUAAACUGAACUAAGCUGUCACCUGCUCUCAACCAGCCAGUAAGUGAAUGGCCAUGGAAUCCUAAAUAAGCAGUGUGUUACCUUAAAGGGAUACUAUAAUCUACAUGCGCACACUGCUAACUAUUCCACUGAAAAAUUGCUUCUGAUUUUCAGUGGGGAAGUGAGGCAGGGAAGCAUAUUAGUGGCGCACAGUCCUCACCUAUGGGCAUUAAUAUUCUUCACAGCAUCACUUCCCCACAAUCAGCCGCAAGGAGUCUUUUCAGAAGUCUGUCUCAUAAGGAUCUACUUACUUAUUAUACAAAUAAUGAAUGAAACAUUAGGUUUUGACAUUAAAGCAAAAUGUUUGACAUGUGGAUAAGAUCUAUUGUUUUUUCACAUGGGAUUGCUUAAUAAGUAUAUUAAUAUUAAAACAACAAAUGACAGGACUGCAAUUCCAUAUCAAGGAUCCGGUGAAGACUCUUUCCUCUGUUGAACGAUUUAUUUGGCUUCCGCAAUGAAAUAAUAUAUCUGUUGGAUUCAAAGUAAAAUACCAGCAACUCUUAGCCUGGUGCUUAUGUACAGAUAUUCAUGAAUGCAUACAGACAGAUUUACCCAGAUACACACAAGUUGUUUUAAUAUAACUCAUAAUGCUGCAUUGCUACUGCUGCUGCCAAGAUACCCCGUUUCUUAACAGUAGCACAUUUUAGUAGCAAAAGAUCAUUGAGGAUUAUUCAAAAGGGGCUGUUUCAGAAAUGCUUGGUUAAGGACUGUUGUUAUAACCUUUUUUUUAGAGAGGGUUAGAAGUUUAUUCUUAUAAAAAAAAGUCCUUUAAACUGUCCCUAAACUUGUGUGAACAGGGCCCAAUGAAGGAAAGUUACAAUCGCUUAUAAUCUGUAUCCAUGACCUUUAGAUAUAAAACCUUAUUUUAAUGCAAUCAGUUCAAUAUCCUUUAAAAAAGUCUGAAAACAUUUUGAAAACAACUGUUCAGACAAAAUAUGAAUUUGAAUCAUAAAUAUUUGCUUUAAAUCUGACCAGGGUUGCAGAUACUGUAAAUACUGACCAGGCCAGGGUCAUGUCAGUGGGAAUUGAUUUACUUGGUUUAUUUUGUAAAGCUGUUUCAAUGAUUGUUUUAACAGUUUUUUUUAUCCUGUCUGAAUGAUUCAUCUCUUUUUGCCGUUGUUUUUCUAAUGUUAUUUUUUGCCGUCUUCUCUUGCCAGGACCCCUUUGUAAUGUAAUGUGUAUCUCAAGGGUUCUAUCCUGGUAAAAUAAAUACAUUUGACAUUUGA